AUGCCCAUAAAAGGAGUGGAGACACAUGGAUUCCCGACUCUCACUGAUGAAUCAUCAGACAAAGUUCAGCGGGAAUCUCGAGGUGUUUCCAGCAGCUCCAGUGAUACUGACAGCAGUUCUGAAACAGACAGUGAAAAGAGCAGCAGCCCAGAUGAACCAGCAGCUCCUGAGACAUUACACACACAGCCACAGAAAGAGAGUGACUGGCAGUUAGGACGAUGGUUAGAAAGGAGGGAUCACCAGCAGGACCCUAGGAGCCCAUGUGAUGUCAUCAGGCCAAACUCCCAUGAUUCCUCUGAAAGGACUGGUUCACAGAGUUGCCAUAGUGACCCGACUGAUGGCGGCAAAGCGUCCGAUCACAGACAGACUGUGGGGAGCAAGAACAGGUGUGAGGAUCUGCUGUUAGAAAGCACUGGCGUGGAGAUUUCCCAGCGUGCUGAAAACACAUCCACACACAGAGCGAAACACAAGAGAAAAAAAACGGCACAUCACCCAGAGAAGAAGAGAACGACAACAGACAACAACAUCAGCAAACAAACAGACAGGAAAGAAACGCAUGAGCCGCUGCUGGUGAAGAUAGAGCUGAAUCUGCUCUCCAGAAUCCCUCGGGAGCCCAGAUCAGCUCCACCUCUCGCAGAGGGCAACAGCGCGCCAGGACGCAAGAGAGCGAUGGAGAGGGAUGAAAAGUCUUCAAAGAAGAAACAGAAACUAGACAAAAAGGGAAAACGGUCUUCCUUCUCUCAGCAGAGCCUCCACCAAUCAGAAGCCAUGAGGAACAGCGACACGAUGAUGAAGAAGAAGAAGAAGAGUGUGAAACACAGGUCAGGUGGUCUUCAGGAGCCGCACAAAGUCUCGGGACGCGAGCGUCGCUCAGCCGCGGCUCCUGACGGCCAGCAGAAGAAAGCAGAGACUCAUGGGAAGAAAACCUGCAAGAGCCGCAAGGAGCUCCCGGAGAAACCGUGUCCACGAGCGCUGCUGCCGCCUGAUCGCAGGAAGCUCUCAGUGGAAGAUCAUUUGAAGGAAGCCAAAAAGCUGAAGCACAAAGCAGAUGCUACGCCGGAUAAGAUGGCUAAAGCGCUGUGCUAUCUGGAGGCUGCGCUGUCGUUUGCGGAGAGCGGCGUCACCAUGGAGACGGAGCCACAGACGCCCAAAUCUGCCUACACCAUGUUCUCGGAGACGGUGGACCUGAUCAGGUUUAUUCUCAAGCUGAAGAGCUACACGGAUCCGUCAGCCGCCGCCCACGAGAGAGAUUUCUGCGUCCUGUGCAUGCGAUGCCAGUCUCUGCUGCAGAUGGCCAUGUUCCGCUACAGACGAGAUGCGGCGCACAAAUACUCACGGACGCUCACAGAUCAUUUCAAAAGCUUGUCGUGGUCUGCGUCUCCGUCUGUGUCCAAGAGUGCCGUCUCGUCUCUGGUCAUUCCUCAGCCCAUCCAGCAGGUGGCAGCGGCGUACGUCAGCAUCACGACACUCUUCCUGAGCGCUCACGAGACGUGGGAGCAGGCGGACGAGAUCGCUCUCAGAGGCAGCGGUUUGCUGCGAGAGCUGGAUUCAGCUGUUGGUCCUCUGAGUCUGACGUCCUCCAUGAGUGCAUUAGUGCGAUACACACGCCACGGCCUGCACUGGAUCAGACUCGACACGCAGAACACGCGCUGAUGCUUCACUCAACCAGCAGCAGCUCCAGCGGCCUUCAGAGUGUCACAUGAGAUACACAUACACUCUCACACCCACACGUACACACACACACU